AUGGAGAGUUGGGAUAUUAGCAAUGUGGUAUCUCCUCAUUUAAGUGAUUUGUUAGAUGACGAAGAUCAAUGUUCUGGUUUAGAAUUCCAGGAGCAAAAAAUGGAUCCCAAGUUUCUUAUUUUAGAUUCACUUUUUGUAGGAUUAAAUGUAGUAGAGCGCACAUUUGGCGUUUGGAAAGCAAGAUGGUCUACUUUGAGAGACAUGCCUUACUAUCACACUGACACACAAAGGGACAUCGUACUUGCUACUAUGGCCAUUCACAAUUAUAUCAGAAAGAAGUGCAAUGUGGAUGAUGCAUUCCAAACAGUCGAGAAUGAGAGCUAUAUUCCAUCGGUUGAUUCUAAUAUUGGCACAACUUCAAGAGCUAACAAUGUAGAUGUCGAAGUAGGAGAACAAAAUGAUGUCUAUUGGAUGGGGUUUCGUGAUAUGAUUGCCAGUGACAUUUCUAAUGCUUGA